AUGGCCGCAGCGACCGCAACGCUAGGGGCUCCGGCACGCACCCCGUCCUCGUACCAUCGGAUUCGACCCCCUGCACCCAUCCCAGUCGGCCUCCUCGCUUGUCAGCGCGACCCGCUCGCUCGAGAUCUAGCCACGACCGCCGUCUCAUGCCGAGUCUCCCAGUCGCCCACUGUUCCAUCCAACGGCCGCGAGGGAAAGAAGAAGAAGGCCGCCCCUGCACUGACUGCUCCGCUUAUCGAAGUCAUCCUUCACGACACCGUCAUCUUCCCUGAAGGCGGAGGACAACCCUCGGACGUCGGAACGCUCACCAGCGCUGACGGUGAGCUCUGGGAUGUCGUUGAAGCCAAACGCCAUGGCGGACACGCAGUGCACUACGUGCGGCUUAGGCCUGAACAGGACGUCGACAAUGGGCUCAAGGUGUUUGCACCGGGAGCUCUGGUGGGCGUCGCUCUCGGCGAGGCGGGGUAUAAGCGACGGCUGGACCAUAUGUGCAUGCACACCUCGCAGCACCUGCUCUCUGCUGUGCUCGAACACCAGCUGCACGUGGACACCAUCGCAUGGUCGCUCACCGGCGCGCCCGCCCAAGAGAUCGCGUACGUCCAGGAGGAGUGCAACCGACUCGUCUUCGAGGGCCGCGCGGUGCACAUCGAAGUGGAGGAGCUCGACACCGCCGGCGCGAAGGUGAAGAGCGGACCCACCGUCGGCAUCCCGGACGACUACACCGGCGGCGUCAAGCGCACGGUGGUCAUCGACGGUGUCGAUCGCAACCCAUGCUGCGGCACGCACGCGCCAUCGCUGCACAACCUCCAACUCUACCUCCUCCCCCACACCGAGGCGCUUGCGCGCGGGGGCACCGCGUUCGCCGGCUCCGUGCGGCUCUACUUCCUCGCAGGCCCGCGGCUCCUCGCACACCUCGGCGCCGCGCACACGACGCUCACUGCCGCCGCGGGCGUCAUGAACUGCGGCGCGCCGCAGGUGCCGGAGCGCGUGCAGCAGGUCGUCGACGAGCGGCGGCGCGCGACGAAGCGCGUCGAGGACCUCGAGGCGGAGCUCGCGGGCCCUGUCGCGGCGGAGCUGUUCGAACGGGUCGCGGGUGGUGAGGAGGCACAGGACGACGACGGGGGCAACGUGCUCGGGUUCUUGUCCGCGGUCGCGACGUCGUUCGCGGGGAAGGUCGCGGAGGCAGAAGGAGGUGCAACACCGUUCUUGCUUGUGCUCUCUUCGUCGCCCGCGGCGCAGAGUGCGACGAGCACGACGGUGGUGCUCGUGGGCCCGCGGUGGAGCGGAAAGUUCACAGGGGUCUGGGUGGAGAACCGCGAAGGUGCGACGGCGGCGAGCAUUCUCGAAGGGGUGCAGCUUUAG